GUCCGACAGCCUGACUUAUCGCUCGCCCACGAGUUGCUGGCGAUACCGACCGACCUCAUUGACGCGGAACAUACAACGGCGAGCUCUAUUCAAGACGAGACGAGAUAGACCCUCGAUAAGCCCGUAGAUAUCAACCGAGCUGGAGACAAUGCAAACAUUCUAAGAUGGCGAGUCCAGACGGUGGAGCUGCUCUAGCUUCCCUUGACGAUAACAACCGCUUGCACGAUGAUGGAGGAGAUUCGAUAUCGGGCAGCUCCUACAUAGGAAGUGACGCCUCGGACGAAUCCUCAGGGCCAGGAGAAUGUCGCUGGCGAACUGCCCGAUACCACGACAUGGAGUGCUCCCGAUACUUCGAUUGCCCUACCCAUGUCGUCGAGAGGCGGCUCUCGGACGUAGAGGCCGACGAUAGCGAUGAGGGGGAUGACGAACCAACCGUGCAGCUUCGAAUAGACGACAAUGGGAUUGGAAGUAGUUCCAGCGCAAGGCCCCAAAUCAUCGAGCCCACGGCGGCCGGUGAUGCUGCAGAACCGAGAGCAAGCUAUGCACCCGUGCCCGAGGCGACCGAUACCGUCCUACCGACUGCACGAGCAGAUUCAGCACAGGCAACCUCAGCACGGGAUACCGAAGGGCCUGAUGAGUCUCAGGAUCCCGAAGAAGCCGCGUCGGCACCACCAACGCCUCUGAGUUCUCGACUCUCAGAGUCCUCUCAACCUCUUCCUCCCACCGCAACGCCUGCACAGCCUACGGGAGAGUUUGUCCCGUCAGAAAGGUCCUCCAGUUUGAUAAGCUUACAAGCUGCAAACACAUCGUCGCAAGACUUGCCUCUACGUCCAGCCUUGUCAUCGAGUCGAUCCCUGGAAACGGCGCCCCCGCCGCCACCUAGAAGAUCGAGCUCUUCAGCUGCCGUCCCGUCUGCCUCGCGGGGCCAGCAAGGUUCCGAGGAGAGGAGCGGUCCGCCCGAGUUUGUCUUGCCAAGGUGGCAGCCAGACGCAGAGGUAACCCUUUGCCCGAUAUGCCACGUACAGUUCAGUAUUUUUGUUAGAAAACAUCACUGCAGGAAAUGUGGAAGGGUCGUGUGUAACGCCUGCUCACCUCACAGAAUCACGAUCCCUUAUCAGUAUAUUGUUCAGCCGCCCGGCCAACCGCGGUUGGCGGCCCAGAGAUACCCAUCGUCCCUCAUCAGCGGUGAGGGAGGAUAUGCAGAUUUCAGCAGUCUCGGUGGAGGAGAGCGAGUUCGUCUAUGCAACCCAUGCGUCCCUGACCCGAACACCACACCACCUCAACAGUCGAUCGCCUCGCCAUCGCAGCUGUCGCCGCGAGCGGCGCAUUAUAGAUCACAAAGCAGCAUCAGUACUAUGUCUAGCAACGCGCCCCCGCCCAGUCGCUUCUCAGGCUACUUUACGUCUGGGCCUUCCUCGGAUACCUAUGCGCGGUCUAGAAGCAUCACUCAUUCCGGAUCCGGUGGCUCCUUGGGUUCUCGCGGACAUUACCAAUCCACGCAAAACCGGAUCAUGGCGGGAACCCCGCCCACGUACUACCCCUCCUCGUCGACAGGCUACCCGGGCUCAUCUCGUUACCGGUCUAUGCUAGAUGUUGGGCCGUCUUCUUCAUCUUCAGCCGCCCAGAACCGUGCACUGCCGCCUCCGCCGCCCCAAAUCGCCGAGGAGGACGAGUGCCCGGUCUGCCACCGCGAGCUCCCGUCGCGCAGUCUGCCGAACUUUGAGGCUGUGCGGGAGACGCACAUAACCACUUGCAUUGCCGCACAUAGUACAUACAGCGGCACGCCUACGGGAGAAACACCGCAGAAUACCGUUGGUACCCCACCUCCUCUGGCCAUACGCCGGACUGGGAUGUUUCCUUAUCUGGCCACGGAGAAGGACUGCGUCGAUUCUGCCGAGUGCACCAUCUGCCUCGAGGAGUUCGAGGUAGGCGUUCCCAUGGCGCGUCUAGAGUGCCUCUGCCGUUUUCACCGGUCCUGCAUCUCGGCUUGGUUUAUCAACCACCCCGGCCGAUGCCCCGUCCAUCAGCAUGAUAGUUUUGGCUAUUGAUACCUAGGGUUGUUCUUUCGAUAUUUCAUCUGUCGUUUGCUCUGCAUUUUGGCGUUUGGGUUCGGCCGGGCCAGUCACUUUAACUAAGUCUCUCAUUUGGUACGCGCAUUGCACCCUUCUUUAUUGGUUUACGGCUACAUACUUGUCUCCUCGUCUUUUUUUGUCUGGUGUCAUUCAACGUGUGACGUCAGGAGGAUGGGGCUCGGCUCACGCAGAAUGUGGCCGUCGCAGAUGUGGAUGUCCAGGACGGUGUGCAGUU